UUAUCAAUGAGAAAAGCUGUGAUGUUUGUACAAUUCUUGAUAUCUCAGUAAAACAAGCUGACAUUUCUAAUUAAAUUGUGCCUUUUUGAUGAUUAAAAAUCAAACAAUGAAGAUAUCAUUUAUCGAAUACUAUGUCAGAGGUAGUCAGAGGUGGUAGCCACAGCACAGCUGUUUAGUGUUGGAAAAUAACAACAAGCCGAACAGAUGAUUGCGAAAAUCAGCUGGCCCAAGAACAACAUAACAAGCGAAUGCUUCCGGCGGAUUGGAUAUAUUAAAAGACGCUCAAAAUCUAAUAAAAUGUCGGCAUUCAUCGAGGAAACAAAGAGCCUCCUGCCGCGGAUCGCCUUCAUAGCCUGCGGAUGCUUCAGUCCACCCACACCCAUGCACCUUCGGAUGUUCGAGAUAGCCAAGGACCACUUCGAAAUGCAGGGAACCCACAGAGUGGUAGGUGGCAUCAUCUCGCCCACGCACGAUUCAUAUGGCAAAAAGGGUCUGGCCUCCGCCUUGGACAGAUGUGCCAUGGUCAAGCUGGCCACCCAGAGCUCCAAUUGGAUUAGGUUGUCCGAUUGGGAGGUGCACCAGAAUCAGUGGAUGCGCACGCAGGCGGUGCUGCAGCACCACCAGAACUAUAUCAAUAACCACAUAAAUUCCGGUGGGGCAGGCGGAGAUGACACACAUCUAGCCGGAUGGCUGCCUCGUGGGUUGCACGACAGUCGGGAUCCUGUACAUUUGAAGCUACUGUGCGGUGCCGAUCUGCUGGAGUCCUUUGCUGUUCCAGGCCUGUGGGCAGAAGCCGAUAUUGAGGACAUUGUGGCUAACCACGGUCUUGUGGUUAUUACCCGGGCUGGCUCAAACCCAGGAAAAUUCAUCUUUGACUCCGACAUAUUGACCAAGUAUCAGAGCAACAUUACGCUAAUCACCAACUGGGUGCCCAAUGAGGUGAGCUCCACGUUGAUUCGGCGGCUCUUAGGACGCGGCCAGUCGGUCAAGUACCUUCUAGACGAUCUGGUGCUGGAGUACAUCAAGCGCCAACGAUUGUUUAACUUUAAAUCUAAGUAUAUAACGGAUGCAGUGCGUCCCAACCAUUUGCUCUUUAACCACGCCUAUACGGACAACAACAAGAACGCGAACAGCUACUCUAUAGGGGACCAGCUGGAGCAGGACAUGGACGAGUCGGACACUCCAAGCCCGCAACUUCAGCAUACGCCCACGUCGCGGGUUUUCUGCUGUGGAGAGGUGCCUUUACGUGGAUCCAAGGUGCUGCGAUCCGGUCCUGGACAAGCGGUCCAGGUCAUCACCAUGCAGGCAGAUGAGAAAGAGGAGAGCCAAGCGAAGAAGCAGAAGAUUUCCCAAGUGCAACUUUAGGAAACUGGAAGACGAAUCUCACGCGGAUCAAGACAGGGGCGCUGGAAGCUAUUUGUUGAUACUAUAUAAUUGUGUAUGUAAAAUAAACACGUUCGUUACCGAGUUGA